GGUGGGGUUGGCACUGAAGGGUUAAGCCAGACGGAAAUCCCGGGACUCCAGGCCUAGGCGCGGGUCUUGGGGCUUCAUCCCUUCAGACCAAGAGGUGCAACUGACACAGAAGCGGCUGUUGCAGGUUUCCAUCCCUGGGGCAUGACCAUGCAGCUAGGCCCAGCCUUAGUAGUAGGGGUGGCCCUGUGCCUGGGUUCUGGCCAGCCCCUGCUACAGGCACCUGAACACCCCUUCUCUGUGCUGUGGAAUGUACCCUCAGGCCACUGUAAGGCUCACUUUGGUGUGCACCUGCCGCUCAGUGCCCUGGGCAUCAUAACCAAUCAUGGCCAACAUUUCUAUGGCCAGAACAUCACCAUCUUCUACAAGAACCAUCUUGGUCUCUAUCCCUACCUUGGGCCCAGGGACACAGCUCACAACGGGGGCAUCCCCCAGGCUGUGCCCCUUGACCAACACCUGACACGGGCUGCCUACCAGAUCCACCAUAGCCUGCAACCCAGCUUUGCUGGCCUGGCAGUGCUGGACUGGGAAGAAUGGUAUCCACUGUGGGCUGGAAACUGGGGCCGCCGCCGAGCCUAUCAGGCAGCCUCCUGGACUUGGGCACAACGAAUGUUCCCCAAACUGGACCCUCAGGAGCAGCUCCACAAGGCUCGUACUGGCUUUGAGCAGGCGGCCCGUGCACUGAUGGAGGAAACGCUGUGGCUGGGCCAGGCACUGCGGCCCCAUGGGCUCUGGGGCUUCUAUCGUUAUCCAGCCUGUGGCAAUGGCUGGCACAGUAUGGCUUCCAACUACACAGGCCACUGCCAUGCAGCCACCCUUGCCCGCAACAACCAACUGCAUUGGCUCUGGGCUGCCUCCAGUGCCCUCUUCCCCAGCAUUUACCUCCCACCCAAACUGCCACCUGUCCACCACCAGGCCUUUGUCCAACACCGCCUGGAGGAGGCCUUCCGUGUGGCCCUUGCUGGUCACCCACAUCCCCUGCCUGUCCUGGCCUAUGCCCGCCUAACACACCGGAGCUCUGGGAGGUUUCUGUCCCAGGAUGACCUCAUGCAGACCAUUGGUGUGAGCGCAGCAUUGGGGGCAACCGGCGUGGUGCUCUGGGGGGACCUGAGCUUCUCCAGCUCUGAGAAAGAAUGCUGGCAUCUCCAUGAUUACCUGGUAGGCAUCCUGGGCCCAUAUGUGAUCAACAUCACCAAAGCAACUAUGGCCUGCAGUUACCAGUUGUGCCAUGGCCAUGGACGCUGUGCCCGGAGAGACCCAGGACAGACAGAAGCCUUUCUGCACCUACAGCCAGAUGGCAGCUUUGGAGAUUGGAAGCCAUUCAACUGCCGCUGUUACUGGGGAUGGUCUGGCCCUACCUGCCAGGAGCACGGGCCUGGAACUAAGUUCACAGCAUAAAGUCAGGAUCCCCAGCUGCGCAUGGUGGCUCAAGCCUGUAAUCCUAGCACUACAGGAGGCCAAGGUGGGUGGAUUGCUUGAGCUCAGGAGUUCAGACCAGCCUGAGCAAGAGGGAGACCCCAUCUCUGCUACAAAUAGAAAAAUGAGCCAGACAUGUGGUGGGGACCUGUAUUCCCAACUACUCAGGAAGCUGAGGCAGGAGGAUCACUUAAGCCCAGGAGUUCGAGGUUGCUGUGAGCUAGAUGACACCAUGGCACUCUAGCCUGGGUGACAGAGUAAGACUCUGCCUCCAAAAAAACACCCAAAACAAAAAAAGCCAGGAGUCCCCACCCCGGUCUCCUCUUUUCCUUGCUGCCACUUUCCCAGGACUGAAGCCACUUUGUGCCACUCUUGCUCUAUUCAGCUUAUAGUUAGUCCUCCCAAGCACGCACUCCACUUCCAUCCUGCUUCCCUUGGGAUCCCUGAGGGAUAAAAAGGGUCAGAAAAAAAGUUUAUAAAACCAGCGGCACUCUAAGAUCAUGUGACUCCUCAUGACAAGGAAGCAGCCUAGGGCUAGUCAGAUUCCAGUUAAGAGUUGCCAGCCCUGGGCUUUGUGCCUACACCUCACGGGGUCCAUGAGAAGUUACAGAAAAUCCUUCCCGGGGUAAAUGUGCCCCAAGAAGAACUUGGCUCAUGUCUGUAAGUGUUAAGCUAUUGUCUGUACUCUGCUUUAA